UCAGACAAGAUGCAUACACUGCUACUUCUCUUGGCUGUAAUUGGAUGCGCUUUACCAGCGGUAUAUAAGAUGAAUGUGAAAAGAAUUACGCCACCAAUGGUAACAAUGAUACGAGACGGAAGCUGGUCUCGUGUUGUGAAAGGACUGAAGGAAAGACAACUGCAACGUCUGUUCAGUAAAGGGAGAGAUAUUUACAUGAACGAUCUCUUCGGAUAUUAUGAUGUUGAAUACCUUGGUGAGAUUAAUAUCGGCAAUCCUCAACAGAAAUUUAUGGUAGUUCUGGACACGGGAUCCUCCACUCUUUGGGUUCCGGAUGGUUCCUGCAUGAAAGAACCGAAAAGACCUAAAGAAUGCAGCAAGACUUCAUUAUGUGACUUAGGACGUGAGUUAUCUAAUUCUGAUUUAGAUCAACCUAUCAUUAUGAGGUAA